AACAGAUCAGAUCGAUUUCUGCAGCCUCAGACGUCCCCUGACGAAAUCAGACUGCUGACUGCACGACAGAGAAAGAAACCCUACAUCGCGCGAGAAGGAAGGAGGAGGAAGAAGAAGUAAAAAUCAAGAUAUGUGAGAAGUUGUCAAAGCAGGAUGAACAACGACGCGUUUGACGGGCAGAUACUAUCUGAGAAGUUGUCAAAACUCAACAACUCGCAACAAAGCAUUGAAUCUCUGUCGCGUUGGUGUAUGUCCCAUCGGAAGAAAGCUAGACAGAUUGUUGAAACAUGGGGUAAACUGUUCAGAUCUUCACAAAGAGAGCAGCGUGUUUCUUUUCUAUAUUUGGCAAACGAUAUUUUGCAAAAUAGUCGGCGGAAGGGGAGUGAGUUUGUGAAUGAAUUCUGGAAGGUUCUUCCUGCAGCUCUGGGACUUGUUUAUGAAAAUGGCGAUGAACAUGGAAAGAAAGCAGUAACAAGACUUGUUGACAUCUGGGAGGAAAGAAAAGUGUUUGGUUCUCGGGGUCAGAGUCUUAAAGAUGAAAUGCUGAGUAAGAAUCCUCCUUCUACGUUGCAGAGCAAUGGAAAGAGCUCUAAUCCUAUCAAAAUUGUCAAACGAGAUGCUUAUUCAGUUAGAAUUAAAUUGACUGUUGGUGGUCUGCCAGAAAAAAUACUGACUGCUUUUCAAUCUGUUCUUGAUGAAAAUGUCAAUGAAGAAUCUGCUUUAAGCAAGUGUUGUACUGCUGUAUCUCAUGUGGGAAAAAUUGUUGAAGACAUUGAAAAUGCUUCUAGUCAAGGGAAUCAACUUAGUUCUACAUUGGUGGAUGAUCUACAAGAGCAAGAAAAUGUCCUUUGCCAAUGUGUUGAGCAACUUGAAAAUGCUGAAGCAGCAAGGGCUGAGUUGGUUUCUCAGCUUAGAGAAGCACUUCAAGAACAGGAAUCAAAGCUGGAGGUUAUUCGCUCUCCGUUGCAGGUUGCCCGAGGUCAGUUUGAGCAAGCAAGCAGUAUCAGAAAAAGGGUGAUGUCAUCACUUCCUACUGGGCCCUCAACCACUAACACCAUUCCUCCAACAGAAGCUAUGAAAAUCGUGGAACAAAUUGUGCCUUCCGUUCAGCCAUUCAGCACCCCACCCCAACCUUUUCUUACGCAGCCUGUUGUUUCUUAUGCACCUCUGAGAGCAACAGAUGAAGAGAGCAAGAAAGCAGCAGCAGCAGCUGUUGCAGCGAAGCUUGCUGCCUCGACAUCUUCUGCACAGAUGCUGACCUCUGUUCUUUCAUCCCUUGUUGCUGAAGAAGCUGCUUCCAUGAAUGGUAGCCUAAAAUCUUCUGGAUUUACAUCAGGCUUAUCCAUUUUCUCUCCAGAAAAACGGCAAAAACUAGAAAAACCAAUGGCUGUUUCUGAUGGUAGCAACUCUGAUGCAGGUGGCUUGCCUUAUUUUACCCCUCUACAGCCGCAACCUGGGACUAAUGUUGCGCCAACUACAAGUGUGCAAUCCGUCUCCCAGCCCAGUCAGGUGCAUACUUCAUAUGCUGCACCUUUACCUUUACCACCUCCCCCACCUUUAUCUCCAGCAAAUCCAUCGACAAAUCAAUUUGUCCAGUCUGCUGGUACGAUGGUUGGGGUAAUGCCUUAUGGAUACGGGGCUAAUGUAUUGCCACCUCCACCCCCAUUACCUCCACAUAUCACAAUGGGUUUAGCAAGGCCUGCUCCACAGCCUCCACAGCAGUUGCAGCCUCAGCCCCAGCAAUCCCAGGAACAGCAGUCUCCAGCAAAUGGGGGAUAUUAUCGACCCCCGGGUAUUGGAUUCUAUGGGCAAAGCCAUCAACCUACAACACCAGCAGUACCUCGGCAGUGAGUUGCUCUGUUAAGAGACCAUGAACAAUGAUUUGGGAAGUUAUGGGCAAAGCCCCCGUUUGUAACAUAGCCAGUUCCUGCACUAAAACCCAUUCAAAAAUCUUAGGCUGGGGGGUUACUUUGUUAAAAUGUGAUAUUAUGUAAAGUAAUAGAUAUCAAGUAGGUCUCUCCUUUAGACUCCAUUUGAAGUCUGUUCAUUGCAGCACAAGUUAUGGGAGGUUCUCACUUGUGAAGAAUUUUAUCUGAUAGUUAUAUAUCUAAUCGUAUGGAUGCUUGUUACUGCUGUGAACAACAGCGAGGCUCACAAUGACGGUUACUGACCUUUGGCUCUGCGUGUAGGUUGUUUUUAGGCGGGGGGGCCUUUGUAAUUGGAUUCUUACUUGGCAAACUCUAGGAUGCUGCUUAUUAUGUUUUCCUUGAUCAUGCAUUUGUGGGUAGGUUUUAACGUUGGAGAAACAAUCUUUCGAACUUGAUUGCUAGAAAAUGGUGCAGGAAGAGUCA